UUAGCCCAAACAAACUCAACACAGAAUUUCUCACACCCCCAAUUACAUCACAACUGCUCUAUCUGUCGUAGCAGGUGAAAAAAAAAAAGCCAUGACUUCAAUCCUCUUCUACUGCCCAAUCAAUCCCUCUCUAACCACAUUCUCAAUCGCCCAUUUCUCGCCUCCGCCUCUCACGCCCCACUCGCUGCGCCGCUUCCGGAAUCACCGAAAGGUCAGAGCUGCUGCCGAGGCCGUAGAGAGGGAGAAGAAGGCGCGGAUUCUGGUGGCCGGCGGCGGGAUCGGGGGGCUGGUUUUCGCGCUGGCGGCAAAGAGGAAAGGGUUCGAGGUGGUUGUGUUUGAGAGGGAUUUGAGCGCCAUCAGGGGCGAGGGCCAAUACAGGGGCCCUAUUCAGCUCCAGAGCAACGCCCUCGCCGCCUUGGAGGCCAUCGACACCGACGUCGCCGACCAAAUCUUCGCCGCCGGCUGCAUCACCGGCGAUCGAAUCAACGGCAUGGUUGAUGGCAUCUCCGGUGAUUGGUACGUCAAGUUUGAUACAUUCACCCCUGCAGUUGAGCAGGGGCUUCCUGUUACUCGGGUCAUAAGUCGCAUGACGUUACAGGAAAUUCUUGCUCGUGCGGUCGGUUCAGAUGUUAUCAAGAAUGAAAGCAAUGUGGUAGACUUCAAGGAUGAUGGUCAAAAGGUUAUGGUGAGACUUAAAAGUGGGGAGUGCUAUGAAGGAGAUGUUCUCGUUGGCGCUGAUGGGAUACGGUCAAAGGUGAGGGAUGUGUUAUUUGGACCGAGUGAGGCUGUAUACUCAGGCUAUACCUGCUACACUGGCAUAGCAGAUUUCGUUCCUGCCGAUAUAACUACUGUUGGGUACCGAGUGUUUUUAGGACACAAACAGUACUUCGUGUCUUCCGACGUGGGUCAAGGAAAAAUGCAGUGGUACGCAUUUCACAAGGAGUCACCUGGAGGUGUGGAUAAUCCCAAAGGUAAAAAAGAGAGGUUACUCAAACUGUUUGAUGGUUGGUGCGAUGAUGUUAUAGAACUAUUGCUAGCAACAGAGGAAGAUGAUAUACUACGACGUGACAUAUAUGACCGGAAUCCAAUAUUUACAUGGGGAAAGGGACGAGUGACGUUGCUGGGUGAUUCAGUGCACGCUAUGCAGCCAAACUUGGGCCAAGGCGGUUGUAUGGCGAUUGAGGAUGGAUAUCAGCUAGCACUGGAGCUUGAUAAGGCAUGGAGUCAAACUACUUCAGGAAAUGCAGUUGACGUGCCAUCUUCAUUGAAGAGAUAUGAAAAUGCUCGAAAAAUACGAGUUGCAAUCAUCCAUGGACUCGCAAGAAUGGCUGCAAUAAUGGCGACAACCUACAGGGCAUAUCUUGGUGUCGGACUUGGUCCAUUAUCGUUCUUGACAAAGUAUAAAAUACCGCAUCCUGGAGCACUUGGAGGCCGGCUGAUGAUUGACUAUAUGAUGCCUUUAAUGCUCGGUUGGGUUCUAGGCGGUAACGGUUCAAAGCUCGAAGGAAGACCACUGCAGUGUAGAAUUUCUGACAGAGCCAGUGAUGAGUUACAAAGAUGGUUUACAGACGAUGAUGCGCUAGAGCGGGCUAUGGAUGCCGAUUGGUUUUUAUGCCCUUCUGGAGAUUCAAAUGUUGCACGCGAGACAAUUUUCUUAAGGCGAGACGAGAACAAGCCAUGUGUAAUUGGGAGUUUGGCGGUUUCAGAGUCGAAUGGAGAGUCGAUAAGUAUAGCUUCACGGCAGGUAUCGAAGAUGCAUGCUCGAAUAAACUAUAUAGAUGGCGCAUUUUUCGUGACUGAUACAAGGAGCGAGUAUGGCACUUGGAUCACAGAUAACAAAGGCAAGCGUAGGCGCUUGUUGCCCAACACUCCGGCUCGUAUCCACCCACGGGAUGUGAUCGAGUUUGGAGCAGAUAAGAAGGCAUCCUUUCGCGUAAAGGCGAUGAAAAAUGGAGCUGUGAAAAUGAACGAGAACGCGAACGAGUUGUGCACGCCAUCGGCAUGACUUUCGUUGGAGAAGAGGUUGAUGCCUAUCAAUUUUUGGUGAUGAUCUAUAAAAAUGAGGUUUUUGAUUUCUAAUAGAGAAUCAAUGUAAUAUUGGUGAGUGUGAAUGAGGAGAAAAAUUAGCAGUUAUGUGUUGAAAUUCAUUUGAUAUCAGCUGAAAAAUGAAAUGGAGUAAUGGAAUAUACAUAUACUAUA